AUGCUGGCUUCGAGUCUCGUUGUCUUGCAAGUGCUCCUGGUGUUUCUCCAGCUUCCAACAUCUUCAACGCCGGCUUUUCACGAUGUAAAAUGGACAGGAAACAAACAUGAGGACAUUGUAGCUGCGACGAAAGACUUCGUCAAAAACAACGGCUAUUCCAGAGUACGAAGGAAGAGAGAUGCAGUCGAGAGCUUGUUCAGUUCCGAAGAAGAUUAUGAUGAAGAUGACGUUGAAAUCAUGGGUUCGAUUUUCACACAACUAAUGGCAGACUCCAAUAGUCAACUCAUUCUUGACUUGGACUUCUUCAAAUACUUUUUCAAUUAUGCUGAAGCUUAUCGUAUGGGUAUGGAGGAAGGAAAUGUAGAAUACAUGAAAUACGUUCUGCUUCUAAUGGAGAAAUUGAGAUCGUUCGAUAUUUCAGCAGCAUGUGUUGCCGAUAUGUUCCAUUUGGGCUCCACCGCUUUGGAAUAUGCUACUAUGGUCGAGGAAACUAAAAACUGCACAGAUUGUAAAUGUACGCCGCUGUACAAACAGAAACGGAAUGAACGAACAUGGAUUUUUGAUGUAUUAGAUGCUCAGGGUAAGAUUCCAUCAGGUAUUCUGGGAGGAAACAAUCUGUGGAUUGGAUCGUGGAACACAUGUAGAAAGGUUCAUGUAGUCAAGAACAAUCAAGGUCAAUAUUGGAACGGUCAGUAUUGCAUGACUCAUAUCGCAGCUUAUGAUAGUAAAAACCCUCUGAAAAGCUUUGUAAACAAUAAGCCUCCGAACGCUCACUGUUUUGAGACAAACGAAACAGUUGAAGAAGAUAAUGGCAAAUGCUUCGAACUUUUACCACUUUUAAAUUUCGGUGUUUGUGCUCCGGACACCUGCACCGACUAUGAUGUAACACGAAUGCUAACUUUCGCUGCUAAACUUGCCGAGAGCGUAGCUGGAGUAGAAAUUGUUUGUGAUGUAACUGUGGAAUGUCGACGAGAAAAUGAAGAGACAGCUAUGAGCAAUAACAAGCUGGCUAUGUUUGCCUUGUAUUUCUUGAUCUUCACUAUUGUCAUGAUGAUUUUUGGAACAUGUUAUGACCUCAUCGUCUUUCAAAAGUUAGUUCCUAUACCGGAACUACCUGUCAUUACUGAUGACACAUCUGAUACGGAAAAGUGCUCUGCAGAUGACGAAUUUGCAAAACAGAAACAUGCUCGGAAGAAGAAGCUGGAUAAGAUUAAAGACGAGUCAGGCUUGUUCAUCCGUUCAAUGUUAGCCUACAGCGUUUACGAGAAUGGUAAAACCAUCCUGGACACAUCUCCAAAGAAGGGAGAAAUUGAAUGCUUGCAUGGACUCCGUGUCCUUAGUAUGUGUUGGAUCAUCUUGGGCCAUACCUAUUACUAUAUAGGUCGAAGCUUGACCACAGACAACUUGGUUCCUACUUUAAUCAAUUUCCCCAAAUUGUAUUACACACAACUCAUUGUUCAAGCACCUUUAGCUGUCGAUUCUUUCUUUUUCUUGAGUGGUCUCUUGUCGAGCUAUCUGUUCUUCAAAAGAGUGUUCAUUCGCUAUUCCCUCAAGACAGCUAAAAGUGUUCUUCCAUGGCUGGCUUAUUUCAUUAAACGUUAUACAAGACUAACACCCGUCUACGCCGUAAUUAUGCUUUUCGACGUCACACUUUUCACCUAUGUGUCCUCGGGUCCAUUCUGGAGACCAAUCGAAAGAUUGGGUUGUGCGGUCAGUGGUUGGACGAAUUUCGUUUAUUUGAACAACUUCUUGUUACAAGAUCAAGAAUGUUGUAUGGGCUGGACUUGGUAUCUGGCUAAUGACAUGCAAUUCCAAAUAUUCCUUCUGCCCACACUGGUCAUCGCCUUCUCUUGGUAUUUUGAAUCUCCAAAAUGGACUGAAGAGAUGGCUUUGAUGUCUCCCGAUGGGUCAACGACUCCAAAAAAGAUACGUCCUCGCCCGACUGAGCCCCAGGACAAUAAAAGAAGCGAACGCCUUGGUCUCAUAGUGACAGCUGUGCUGCUCUUCAUAUCUACGACUAUCAAAUUGUUUGUAGUCUAUUCAAAUGACUAUCCACCGGCUCCCAUUUUGACCACAAAACUGCAGAUCGUGGAACAACUCGAUUCCUAUUGGAACGAUGUCUACAUACGGCCAUAUAUCAGAUGUGCACCCUUCAUUAUUGGAAUUCUACUUGGAUACUUCCUCAACAUCUAUACAAACUCUGAGAAGAAUUUGGAAUUAAAGCUCACCAAGAUGCAACUGAUUUCUGGCUGGUUCAUAUUCGUAGUACUUCUAUGCUUCUCCGUAUUUGGACUUGAACCUUAUGCACGAACAGGUGACAUAUCACAGAUCUGGAGAUUCCUAUACACUGUAUUCGGCCGCUUGUCUUUUGCUCUCGCUCUCUGCUGGCUUACAUUCGCUUGUGUGUCCGGAAAUGGAGGUAUCGUGAACACUUUCUUAUCGUGGAAGUUCUUCCUUCCUCUAUCACGUAUCACUUUUGGAGCAUACCUCAUUCACCCAAUUAUGUUGCAAAUAUAUAACUUCGCCCGUCUGCAGCCCUUCCACUUCUCAUCUUUCCUUCAAAUGCUACGUCAUACCUUUGAAGCAGUAUUUGUCUCAUAUUUCAUGGCUUUCCUUAUCGUCUUAGCCUUUGAAAAGCCGUUUGGAGUUUUUGAUGAUUAUUUCAUCCCACUGAAAGAGAAGAAAGAAGAAGAACCUAAGCCUCAGACGACGACUAUUGAGGAAGUAGCAGCUUCAACACAAUAA